AACCGAGUCGUCCUAUAAAGGGAAGAAAGAAAAGAGAGAAGAAGAGACAAAAUGUUGAUCCAUGUAAUUAUAUUCAUGAUCAUAACGACAAUGCAAUUCUCGACGACAUGCCAUGCAUAUGUGAUUAACGUGACCAACGUUAACGUAUCAAUGUUCCCGGCUAUUCUUGUAUUCGGGGAUUCAACAAUCGAUACCGGCAACAACAACUACAUCAAAACCUACAUCCGGGCUAAUUUCCCUCCUUACGGCUGCAAUUUCCCCGGCCACAACGCUACCGGAAGAUUCUCUAACGGUAAACUUAUUCCGGACUUCAUAGCAUCUCUUAUGGGAAUCAAAGACACCGUUCCUCCUUUCCUAGACCCUCACUUGUCUGAUUCCGAUAUCAUCACCGGAGUGUGCUUUGCUUCGGCUGGUUCCGGUUACGACAACCUCACAGAUCGAGCAACUUCAACUCUAUCCGUUGAUAAACAGGCGGAUAUGCUCAGAAGUUACGUGGAGAGGUUGAGCCAGAUCGUCGGGGACGAGAAAGCGGCCUCGAUAGUCAGCGAGGCUCUGGUGAUUGUAAGCUCCGGAACUAACGAUUUCAAUCUAAAUCUCUACGAUACUCCUUCUCGUCGUCAGAAGCUUGGCGUUGAUGGCUAUCAAAGCUUCAUUCUCUCGAAUGUACACAACUUCGUUCAAGAACUAUAUGACAUUGGAUGCCGUAAAAUAAUGGUGUUGGGUCUACCGCCGGUCGGGUGUUUACCAAUUCAGAUGACAAUGGCUAUGCAAAAGCAGAACGAGAGACGAUGCAUCGACAAACAAAACUCAGAUUCACAAGAGUUUAACCAGAAGCUAAAAAACUCCUUGACGGAGAUGCAAUCCAACCUCACUGGAAGUGUCAUCUUCUACGGCGAUAUCUACGGAGCAUUGUUCGACAUGGCCACUAAUCCUCAAAGAUACGGGUUAAAGGAGACGACGAGAGGAUGUUGCGGGACUGGAGAAAUAGAGUUAGCGUACUUGUGCAAUGCUUUAACUCGGAUUUGUCCUAACCCUAACCAGUACCUUUUCUGGGACGAUAUUCAUCCUUCCCAAAUUGCUUACAUAGUCAUCAGUCUCAGUCUUGUUGAACAAAUUUUCCACGUACUCUCUUGAUUUUCAUUUUGCUUUCAUAUAUAUUAAUUAAUCUGUAGUCAAUCUAUAAUUAUUUCCCUGUGGGUUCACAUAAUCUUUCGUAUUUGCUUAAGCUAGGUUUUACAUGUAUACUAUUAUGAUAUUAUACUACUCUAUCCUGGUAA